GAAUUGUUCUAAUAUAUUUGUUGUUUGUUUUUUUGUAAUUCAAGUUUCUCUUAUUGUCUUGAAAUCAGAGCUCAAUCCAAUCAAAAGCCAAAUAGUUUAAGUACACAAUUUAACCGUCAACCUAAAGGAAACCUAACUAAGCAAGUGCUUAAUAUUAGGUUGUCUCAACCGAGAUUUGCCGUUGCUAGUCUCAAUUGGCUAAGGCAAACGUGAUUCAUCCCAAACAUUACAAAUACAAUUUAAUUAGAUAGUUGUCUAAGGUUUGCUAUUACCAACCUUUAGCAAAAUUAAAUUUUAUUCAAUUAAGUAUGUUUUUUAACCCGGACAAAAAGUGGUUUCUACAAUAGUGAAAAGUUUGUUUGGUGUUAAUCUAGCUUUUAAUUUCUGUUUUUGUUAAGUUGUGAAGUGUUUGCUUGUGCUAGACGAGUUGUGUUCUUUGAGUGUGUGUAGGGAGGUGCAUGACCCGGAGCAAUCCGGCGCCUUUGACACCACUGGACGAGGACAUCAAUCGCACCCUCUGACUUCUAACUCAAGAGAGGGAGUAAGCGGAGGCAAGAAGGAGAAGUAAAGAAAGGGGACAACAAGUUCAUCCCGGAAUCGAAGUAAUUGAAGAAGAAGUUUUAGUUAAGAUGGCGGAAAAUCAACACCGAGGGGCUAAUCCGCUCAAAUCCAAAUGGAGAAGCGGAAGCCGAGGAAAGACCAAGGACUAUGGGCUAUUACAUGGCUACACGGGCGGCAGAUAUCCAAUCUCCCAUCUUACAUCCACCCAUGGCCGCCAACAAUUUUGAGAUCAAGCCCUCUCUCGUGACGAUGAUUCAACAAAAUGCUUACUUCCACGGGCUAUCCCAUGAAUCACCACGAGAGCAUGUCCAAAGGUUUCUUGAGCUAGCGGGAAGCAUGAAGAUUAAUGGCGUCCAUGAGAAGGCAUUGAGAUUGAAGCUAUUCCCCUAUUCUUUGGCGGGGAAGGCACUCCGAUGGCUCAACAACCGUCCGGUUCUAUACAUCACAUCUUGGGACGAUCUCCUCAACAAGUUCAUGACCCGAUAUUGUCCUCCUUCCAAUACGGCCGAGUGGAGAAAGAAGAUCACUCACUUGGGGGAAGAGGAGGAUGAGACAUUGAGGGAUGCAUGGGAAAGGUUCUCCGACUACUUCCUUCAAUGCCCUCACCAUGGAUUCGAGGAGCAAUUUCGGAUAGAAAUUUUCUAUGGAGGACUCAUUCAAGAUGACAAGAUCCUCAUUGACUCUCUAUUCCAAGGGAGGUUGAUGAACAUGACCCCUCCUCAAGUCACCGAAUUGCUUGAAGAUAUGGCUCUUAAGGGAUAUGAUUGAGGCUUGACAAGAAGUAGGAAGAGAAGCAACGAUCGAGGAGUAAGAAGUGUGGGAGCGAGUACUCCACUUGAAGCGAAGCUGACACGUUGAUCGAGGUGAUCCUUGAGGACAAGAAGCAAAGGAAGAGAGCGGUGAUGUCUUGUGAUUGGUGUUCGAGCACCAAUCACAAAAUUGCGGAUUGCCAAGCGAUGAAGGAGUCGAGUACCCCUGAGGAGCAAGUGAGUUUCAUUGCCAAUGCUAGAGGGAACAACCCUUAUAGCAACACAUACAACCCCGGGUGGCGCAAUCAACCAAACUUUGCUUUGUCUUCCCCUACCAAUCCAAGACCUCCUGGUUUCCAAGGUCCAACAGGAAACUAUCAACCUUGGCCAACAUUCAUCCCACAAAGGCCUCAAUUCCAAAACUCGAACUUCCAACAACCAUACCAAGCACAAGGUGUCUCGUCCCGAACAUCACAACAAAUUCCCACCUAAGGCCCAAGUAUAAACCUUAGAUGGGUGC